AGCGGGCAGCAGCUGCUGAGUUGCUCAGACAUGGCGGAGGAUACAGUGUGAUUGAGGAUUCGGCGGCGGAGUUACGCGAGUUCCCCCGGCAGUUGAGUCGGCACCGGGCAGGAAUUGAAUGCUUUACCGACGGCAAGGGGAAAUGCGUUCGGCCGAGGCGCGCUGCGAGGGCAGGCGGAACACGACCCGAACCGCCGCACGCGAGUAAGAUGGGAACAUGUAUCGCUGUUUAGUGCAGUCAACAGCCUUGGGCAACAAAUAUGGCUCCUUGUGCCUCUUUCAAUAUGCUCUAAAAAUUGCUCCCCCGUGCAGCCCGACGCCGCGGUGGCUCCGGCGAACUUCUGCGAGCCGCGCUAAGUUGAGUUCCGUCGUCGCACGGUACUUUUGAUCGGUGGGGGACGGUUCCGUCCGCUCGGCCGUCCGGGGCUAGCUGGGAAGCUACGGAACUGCGGCGGGGGCACAGCGAUGGAGCCAAAGCACAAAGAGUUGCUCGACCAGUGCCACCAGAACUUGCUGGAGUCCGUCACCGACGCGGACCGGCUGAUCGAGCUGCUCAUGGCCUCCGGCGCCCUGAGUCCACUCGACCGGUUCGAGCUGGACCAGAACUGCGCGUCCGGCGCCGAGAAGGUGGACCACCUCCUGAAGAUGCUGGUGAACAAGGAGAGCGACCAUUUCCUCGACCUGUGCGUGGCCCUGGAGAAGGCGUACCCUGACCUGCACGCCGCCCUGUUCGGCGGCAGCAACGGCGGCGGACCCGUGGACCACUCCACCGGUUCCACGUACAGUGUUCUGUCCACCAUGCCGUCUGACUCGGAGAGCAGCAGCUCCCUCAGUAGUGUUGGUUCGCCUGUUAACGGUGAAGCAGCCUCCCCGCCCCCGGCAAUCAACGACAACCGGCCGUCCGGUGACAACCUGGACACCAUCUUGUUCCAGCUCCGCCAGGUGACCAGGGAGCGGGACGAGCUCCGUAAGCGCCUGGCGUUGGCAUCGCCCGGGACCACCUUCGACGACUGCAGGCCAAAUUCCAAAGCCAGUCAUGACUAUGAGCGUCUGAAAAGUCAGUGCAUGAGGGCCAUGGCGGAUCUGCAGUCGCUCCAGAACCAGCACACCAAAACACUCAAGAGGUGCGAGGAGGCAGUAAAAGAGGCUGACUUCUACCACAUGUUGCACAGCCGCGUCUUGGGCGAACAGACCCAGCUGAAGGAAGAAAUGGAGACACUCAGGAGGGACAAUUCCCAACUUGUCCGAGAGCACAACCACCUUCAGCAGAACUGUGAGGAGCUCAAACGACUGCACGGUCAAGACCAGCAAGAGCUGGCAGACCUCCGGCAGCAGCAACAGCAGGUGAUGAGGGAGAGAGGCUCAUCAGAGGUGUUGAACAAACUCUAUGACACAGCCAUGGACAAGCUGGAGGGCGUGAAGAAGGAGUAUGACGCCCUGAGCAAGCGCUACAGUGAGAAGGUGGCCAACCACAACACGGACCUGAGUCGCCUGGAGCAGGCCGAGGAGGAGAACCGCCGGCUGCAGAAGCAGAUUGACGCAUUGCUCAAGCAGCGCGACUCGGCCAUGCACUACCAGCAGCAGUACUCCACGUCAAUGAGAAGGUUUGAUUCAGUGCAGCAGGAGCUGAACAAGGCCUCGGCCCAGAACAAGGAGCUGCAGAGAGAGAUGGAGCGGCUGCAGUCGGAGGUGACGCGCUACAAGAACCUGCAGCUGAAGGCAUCUAAGGACUGCGAGAAGUUCAAGGAGGAGAGGGACUCCGUGUUCAACGAGUACCGUCUCAUCAUGAGUGAGAGGGACCAGGUGAUCAAAGAGCUGGACAAGUUGCAGACGGAGCUGGAGGCAGCCGAGGCCCGGCUGAAAAACACCUCCUCGGAAAGGGUGGUGGCCAGUGAAGAGCUGGAGGCGCUCAGACAGGAGUUGAACUCGUCGCUGGUGGACCGCGACCGGGCAAUAUGCGAGAGGAACGAGCUGCUGGAGAAGUACUGUCACGAGGUCAAAGACAAGGCCGAGGCCCAGAAGGAGCUGAGCCAGGCCUGCAAGGACAUCGAGACGGUCAGGGAGGAGCGGGACGUGGCCCGCAAAGAGAGGACAGAGGCCAUCAUCCAGAGGGAUCAGUUGCUCCGAGAGUACUAUCAGGCCAGACAGAAACAAGACUCGGCCACCCUGGACAUGGAACGCGCCAACAAGGAAAUCGAGAUGCUGAGAAAACAGUACGAGGCCAUGUCCCAAGAGCUGAAGGAGGCCACACAGGAGGCGGAGGUGGCCAAAUGUCGACGGGACUGGGCCUUCCAAGAGAGGGACAAAAUAGUGGCGGAGAGGGAGAGCAUAAGGACUCUGUGUGAUAACCUGAGGCGGGAGAGGGACCGGGCAGUCAGCGAUCUGGCCGAUGCCCUGCGGAAUCUGGACGACAUGAGGAAACAGAAGAACGAUGCGUUGCGAGAGCUUAAAGAGCUGAAGGAGAAGAUGGAUAGCCAGCUGGAGAAGGAGGCCCGGUUCUGUCAGCUCAUGGCCCACAGCUCCCACGACUCAGCCAUCGACACAGACUCCCUCGAGUGGGAGACGGAGGUGGUGGAGUUUGAGAAAGACAGGGAUGACAUGGAUUUGAAGGCACUUGGGUUUGACAUCACUGAGGGGGUAAAUGAUCCAUAUUUACCGGGAGAUUGUGGAAUAUUUGUAACAAGGGUGGACAAAGGAAGUAUUGCAGAUGGAAGGUUAAGAGUGAAUGAUUGGUUGUUGAAGAUCAAUGACAUAGACCUAACCAAUAAGGACAGGAAGCAGGUGGUGAAGGCCGUCCUGAACGGUGGAGGAUCGAUCAACAUGGUGGUACGAAGAAGGAAGUCUCUGGGAGGAAGGCUGGUCACUCCUGUUCACAUCAAUCUCGUGGGAAACAAAGACUGUGGUAUUGGUCUGGAGGGCGGGGUGUUUGUCACCGCUAUCGCCCAGGGCAGUCCGGCAGCCAGGGAAGGUUCUCUCACAGUUGGAGACAGACUGAUCGCGAUAAACGGCAUUGCUCUGGAUAACAAAUCUGUGACAGAGUGCGAGGCUCUUUUGAGGAGCUGCAGGGACUCUCUGAGCCUCUCUCUCAUGAAGUUCUUCCCUCACAGCACAUCGGGCCAGAACAUCUUUGAGAGUCUGCGUGACUCAUCAGAGAAGUCCAACGGGCGCAUUCACCUGUCAGAGGUUCACUCCCGGAACAGUCGCAACCUCAAACACAACAGCUCAACACAGACUGAUAUCUUCUGCCCUGACGUUGGAAGCAUGAGCACAAGUAGUAUCCCCGGGGAGAGGAGGAAGGUCAGAGGUGAAUCUGAGGAGGUGUACAGCGACAUCGGCAAGCCGUUCUCCAUGGGUUCCCUCCACGCCACGAGCCUCCGGCCCGCCUCUGACUUGGGCACUGGCCGCUACGGGCCAAGUGCUUUCCAGGAGUGCAGUCGCUACACAAAGGCGCCCUCCUCUUUGCCCUUUGACCCUGUCUCAGCCUCAGACUGCAUCACAAUAGAGACGACCCUGGAGAAGAAGCACAGUGGCGGCACGUGGCCCAAGAUGAUGGUGGGAGGUAUGUCUGUUGCACCAGAUAACACCAAUCCAGUCACAGCAGCAGCCCAGCUCUCCAUCUACAAAUCGCCCAAGCAGAGGAAGUCCAUCUUCGACCCAGACACUUUCAAACGCCCCGAAACACCUUCCUCUAAGAUGGAGUACAUGGCGGCCAAUCAAAUUGCAGCAGUAGCUGCCGCUGCUGCAGUUUCCCACUCUCCCCAGCCUUUGAAGACAGAGUCCCACUCCUCCUCAACCACCCCAACCCCUCCAACCCCGCCCAAUCGCAGUGACUCCUUUAAAUUCAAACACAAACAUCAAAGCAGCUCCGCCUCUGACUGCACCAUCACCUCGGACUGCAAGGGAGAGGCUGCCGUCUCCAUGGCGGCAGGCGAGAGCAGGGAGAGGAGCCAGCGGGAGAGGGACAGGAACGGAAACCACUAUUUCCUGGACGGCAAGGUCCUGACCUCAAGGAAGUCAUGUGACGAGGACAUCGGCCGAACCAGGGGGGAGGAGCCAGAGGUAAAGAGGCCGCGCCCCAAAUCUGCCCCUGCCCUCCGACGUAGGAUGACCCCGCAGACUAUCACUCUUCCCACCUUCCAAAGCUACUCUAACGAUGAGCAUUCGCCAGAGCCCAGGGACAUGCUGCGCUCCUCACCCAGCCGCUCCCACAGACACAGCGUCGGCUUCGUCCCCACAGUCUACAAUUGCACCCUACCUCCUAAUUCAGCCCACCGGGGACUGUCUCCUUGCCCCGCUGUGACGGCCGUGAUGAGGAAUCCCGUGUACACCGUGCGCAGCCACCGCGUUCAUACCAGCAACUGUCCGUCUGUCGCCUCCCAGAUAUGUCAUCAGCACACCCACACCAGCCCACAACACCAGGGUCGACUGAGCCUGGACUUGAGCCAGCAGAAGCGCACGAGUGACUACUCCGAAUCCUCGUCGUCACGCAGCAGCAGAGCUUCACACGGUACAAACUCACUGCCCUCCAGCGCACGGCUCGGUUCUUCCAAUAACGUCCAGUACCGCACAGAGAGGAUCAAAAUCCCUUCUACUCCCCGCUACCCCCGCUCCAUGCUGGGGUCGGACAGAGGCUCCCUCUCGCACUCCGAGUGCAGCAGUCCCAGUCUCAUCACACCUCCACAGUCGCCGCUCAAUCUGGAGACGUCCUCUUUUGCCAGCAGCCAAUCACAAGGCUCAAUUUCCACUUUACCUCGGAUCUCCGUCAGCCCUGUGCCAAUUGGGGAGCGAAGGAAAGACAGGCCAUACUUGGAGGAACCCCGCAAUGUCAUUGUGCACAAAGGCGCAGAGCCUCUCGGCAUAUCCAUCGUCAGCGGGGAGAACGGAGGGAUCUUUGUCUCGAAAGUCACAGGGGGCAGCAUCGCCCACCAGGCGGGACUGGAGUACGGAGACCAGCUACUGGAGUAUAAUGGUAUCAACUUGCGGAACGCUACGGAGCAGCAAGCUCGCCUCAUCAUCGGCCAGCAGUGUGACACCAUCACCAUCAUGGCCCAGUACAACCCACACAUGUACCAGCUGGGCAACCACUCUCGCUCCAGCUCCCGUCUGGAGCCAGUCAGUACUCAGUCGACUCCCCAAGGAAGCGGUGCCGCCACCCCCGACAAUCACUCCACCAUCGAUACACUGAGCGAACAGGACGAGGGCACGCUCACCCCCUCCUCCAAGCAUACCACACCCACUACCAGCCCCAACAACUUCAUCAGAAUGCCAUCUGAGGGCAGCACGAAGCUGGCCGAGGCCCGGCUUGUCACGGUGCGCAGGCCUGGCGUGGAAGUGGGAGUCACACUCUGUGGAGGGAACCUACGGGGCGUCUACAUAGAGAGCCUGGACGAGGACAGUCCCGCCAGAGGCCCCGAUGGACUUCUUCCUGGGGACCUUAUCUUAGAGUAUAACUCGGUGAAUAUGAAGAAUAAGACAGCGGAGGAGGUGUACGUCGAGAUGCUGAAGCCUGCGGAGAUGGUCACGUUAAAGGUGCAGCAACGGCCAGACGACUUCAGCUCGCUCAGAGAUGUUCCAGGAGAUGGCUUUUAUAUUAGAGCACUUUACGACCGUGUGGGGGAGUCCGAGGGGCACCUCACUUUUAAGAAGGACGACAUCCUGUACGUGGAUGACUCUUUACCAAAGGGCAGCUUCGGGACGUGGAUCGCCUGGCAGCUAGACGAGAACGCACAGCAGAUCCAGAGGGGGCAGAUCCCCAGCAAGUAUAUGAUGGACCAAGAGUUUUACCGCAGACACAGUGUGACAGAAAUGAAGGAAGACUCCGGUAAGACUCUGUCCGCGGCGGCCCGCAGAUCCUUCUUCAGGAGGAAACAGAAACACAAACGCAGCAGCUCCAAAGACAGCAAAGAGAUGGUGGCUCUGGAUGCCAUCAGCACAGACUCCAUCCCCUUCCUGGAUGACUGCGUGAGCUUGGCAUACCAGCGGGUGCAGAAGGUGGAGUGCACCUCCCCCCGGCCGGUACUCGUCCUUGGGCCGCUCACUGACGCCGUCAAGGAGAUGCUGGUCAAAGAGUCUCCUGGGAAGUUCUGCAGAUGUGUACUGGAGGUGAUGAAGGCAUCCCAGCAAGCCAUCGAGCGGGGCGUCAAAGACUGCCUCUUCAUCGACUACAAGCGCAGGAGUGGCCAUUUUGAUGUGACCACUGUUGCUUCUAUAAAGGAAAUAACAGAUAAGGGUUGUCACUGUUUGCUUGACAUUGCCCCGUACGCCAUCGAAAGGCUCCACAGUGUUCACAUUUAUCCAAUCGUUGUUUUUGUCCGCUACAAAAAUGCCAAGCAGAUCAAGGAGCAGAAAGAUCCGGUUUAUCUGAGGGACAAAGUAUCUCAAAAACAUUCCAAGGAGCAAUUUGAAAGUGCACAGAAGAUAGAGCAAGAGUACAGCAAAUUCUUCACAGGUAUUGUCCAAGGCGGCACCCUCCCUUACAUUUGCACUCAGAUCAUGACAAUAGUUGAUCAAGAACAAAAUAAAGUCCUGUGGACUCCACUUGGCUGCCCCUAGAGGAGAGCCCCUGCCUCUGCAGCGAGCUGCGGCUUUCAUCUCCAUUCCCCAAACACCAAUUAACUCUUUCACACUAUACCAAUAGGUACCCAGCAGCGAGCUAGUUAUGUAAAUUAUUGAUAUAUUUCUUUUUUAAAUAUUUGUCUUCGUUAUGAUCUAUAAUCAGAGCCUCCUUUUAUAUACGAUGUACUCCGGAGCAGGUUAGUAGCACUGGAUCUUGACGUUCAAAGUUCAUUGGGUCUUCCCUAAAGGGUUCCUGGUGGUGUAUUUGUAAUGUUGCAUCGUAAGCAUCCGUUUACAGUCUACAAGAAAAGAAAAAAAAGACGUGUCUAACUGUCGUUGUUCAAUAUUUGCUUGAAUGCGUGUCCCUGUCCUUGUGUACACAAACCUCAACACUAAUGAAGUUCAGCAAAGCCCCUGACCCACCUGUGUAGCAAACGACAUUUGUGGUCUCCUUACAAUUAUGCACCCAUUUGAUGACUGACAACUAAUUGUGUUUGCUUGUGUUUGUGCGCGUGUGUGUGACUGUGUGUGUGAGAGAAAAACAGCAUUGAGACUGUUGUUCAGAAUUGUAAUGACAAUUUCAGUUGCGUCAAACCGUGGUUGUUCGUGUUAGUGUGAAUUACGAUGCUAUAGAAAUUAAAUGCCAGGAUCAGACAUCACGCUCCCCCGUGGUGUGAACGUGCAAAAAAGCAUCAAGCCCCUUGCAGUAUGUAGCUGCGUUCUCACCGAACAUCACUGCCAGCAGUAACGGCCAUGGAAAACUCCAAAACACAUCGAUGUUUGCUCUAUGCAUUGUGUUUCUAUAGUAGGCAGGUGUGUGUGUGUGUGUGUGGACAGUUUAUGGGCCUUUGCGGAAGUGCCUUCGGAGAAGAAGCCUGAUCUGAAACCAGCCCCUCAGUCGUGUAUAGUCAGAAGCUUUCACUCCCAGCAUCCAAUAAUUAAUUUCACCCGACAUGGGAACAGGUGAUUGAGGGGCUGAUUUGAGAGCAGCACAGUGCACGACAAUGGUGAAGCUUUGAGGGUUAGGCCACAGUGGCGGCCAAACGGGUUAACUCCUCAGAAUGCACUCCAGGGCUAGACAGACCACUGUGUAACUAUCAUUUUAUCUCUUUAACAUAUAUUCAACAACAAUAUAGAGUAUAACGUAUACAAUAUGCAGAUACAUCUGAAAAUCACACGCACACACACAUAUAUAUAGAUAUAUAAAUAUAUAUAUAUUAUAUGUAUUUUCACUAGGUCAUACGCCUAGGACCGUUUGGCAGUCAAGUCGUGUCAUAGGAGUUAUUAGCAUGUUGUUGUUUUCUUUUUAUUUAUUUCAUUUUUUUUGUUUUUCUUCUGUGGUUGUUUGUCAGUCACUUAUCGAUGUACUCAUUAAAAGAGACACUAUGAAGCAACAUUUGCAGGGUAAUAUCUUACAGGAUUUUCCUCUGAUCCGUUUCUAUGCUAGUGACGUUUCAUUAUUAUUUAACUGUAUUUUGUGUUCAGGAGGCAAAAAAAAAAAAAAUAUUGACACAAAUAUUCUGCCCCUCCUUGAAAACCAUAUCCUGUAUCUUAUUGUGCCAAAAUCCACUAAGGCAACUUUAUCCUUUUUACUUCUGUUUUGCACUUGUUUAUCUGUGAACCUUAAACAUGUAACUGCUCCUAGGUUUCCAGUAGACUUACGAAUAGGUACUAUAAUUUCUACUGUAACUAAUUCAUAUUUUGUGUAUCACAUCAGUUCCAUACAUUUCAUUAAUGGCCUUUUUUGUUCUUUAUUAGGGGAAAAAAAGGAUCACUUCUUAUUUGAAUUAUUAAAAAGGGAUCUAUUCUUGCACAGUUUUUCAAAGGAAAAAUUAGUCCACGAGUUUGACUAUUGGACUAAAAGAGUAAGCAGAAGCAAACUGUAAUGUUACUAUUUUUCUGAGUAGAUAGCAUAUGUUAUAGAGAGAGAGAGAGACAGAGACAGAGAGAGUGGGAUACAACAUGAAAUAGUUGUAUUUAUAGAAAGAAUCAAGACGCCAGGUACUGAUUGAACUUUUUCUUUUGUUAGAAAGAAUGUGAUUUGUAUGUUGAGACAUUAACAUGAGAAUAAAACUCAUUUUCUGUAUCACGA